AUGCGAAAAAUACGUUUUCGUUAUAUUAAAGAAAAUGGUAAAUCAACAUCAGUUACUGUACGAUGUAGUCUUAAACGUAAUGCUUCGCUCAUAUCUGAAGCACUCAGGCAUUAUCAACGAUUGGAACGGCAGAACGAUGGAGAAACGUCAACAAAAAAAUUAGAUAAACAAAAUCGACGUCAUUAUCAACAUGUGAACGAAUGCAAAUUUCGACCUGUUGUGAUUGAAAAUGCUGUAACGCACAAAAUUAAACCAACAACUAAUCAUCAUCAUCAUCAUUUUGAUCCAAUACAAUUACGUCGUAAACAAUGUUCAUCAACAUUAAUCGAUGAAGAUUUUCCAAUAUUCUACAAUUCUAAUCUUCCAUCUCUAUCUUCAUCAUCGUCAGGUUUUCAAAGUCAUUCCCAUUCAUCAAGUAAUCAAACAUCAUCAACCAAUGAUGAGAUUGAAAAUCUUAAUAAACGUGGAAAUAUAA